AUGAACGAGGCAGACGUGUUUUUACAAGCUCUGCAAGGUGGUGAUUCAAAUUCAGGAGAUCCGUUUAUGCUGUUUGGCUCUGGUUCUAAUUCGGUCUCUGAAGUUGAUAAGCUUCCCGGAAAUUUCGAAAAUAGUCAGGGUCCAUCGCCGAAGGAUAGAGGACCUUCUAAUCAAUUUGAGCCAAUGUCGCUGACACCUGAAUCGUACCAUUCGUUCUAUGAAGAUCCUAGCAGUGCGAACAUGUCGUUUCAGUUUCAGCAGCAACCUCAACAAUUGCAGCAACCGCAGCAGCAGAAUUUCUCAAGAAAUUCUAUUUUUGAUGUGAACGGUUUUGAAAAACCACAGCAGCAAUCCCAAGGUGACGACGCAUUUGCGCUUGGGAGGCCCAAUAAUGGAUAUGUGAAGUCAGAAUUUUCACCAAAGCUAAGUUCUGGAACAGAUGAUAAUAAGUCAAAUAAUGGCGGUGUUGGCAGUAUUGAUGGUGACGGUGAUGUUGAUGGUGAGUCUGACGAUUUGGUAAAAGAUGAAUUUGGAUUUAAUCUAGAUGAGACACCAUCAACUGAAGAAUUUUCUAAAAUUACUACGAAAAGUGGUAAAGUCAUCAAGAAGAGGAAGGAAAAAACUUCACACAAUGUUAUUGAGAAGAAAUACAGAACGAAUAUUAAUGAUAAAAUCUUCCAACUUCGAGCGAUUGUCCCCGCUUUACGUGUUGCUUAUAAACGUCAUGCUGGUAUUCCUGUUGUUUCUAAGGAUUUAGCUGAUCUAGACGGGUUGCAACCAGCUCGUAAAUUAAACAAGGCCUCCAUCCUUAUGAAAACAAUCGAAUACAUAACGUAUUUGGAAAACAAAUGUGAUAAUUACAUGAAUGAAAAUAAAAUGCUAAAGAAUAAUAUUCCAACACCGCAAAGCACACGCUCACAUUCUUUGCCACAACAACAACAGCAGCAGCAACAACAGCGUCAGCAGCCACAGUCAAGUUCGAGACAAACAGUCGAAUCUGCAAUGGGUGCAGGUUUCGGGCAAUUUGGCUCUCCGAUGUAUAGCACAAUACCAACUUCUUCAUCCGCUGCCAAUGGUAUUAGUACCGACGGUACUGCUACCGCCGCUACUACCACCAGCAGUACUAACGACUUUCAAUCUUCGUCAGAAUUUGAUCCACAAUCUGUGGAGGAAGAUGAUAACAAUAAUGGUGAUUUUACUUCGAAAUUGCUCAUGGGUUGUUUUGGUGUUUCUAUGGGUGCUCAAGCUUUUGGUGGUGACGGUGGUGAAAUGGGAUCGGCAAGAGCCCUAUUCGCUAUGCCAAUUUUCCAUUUUUCACCAAAGACAGGAUUUGUCGUUUCCAAUUCAAACGGUGUGGUUAACCUACAGGCUUCCAUCUUUGCUCUUCUAAAAAUAAUCCUCGUAUUGGCAACAUUUGUUCAUUUGACCAGGUGCUUUUUCUUCUCAAAUUCGAGUAAAUCUAAAAAACAGGAUAUUCAUAAUGACACCAUUUCAACCGUCCCUUAUAAAGAUACAGUAGCGUUUGAUAACGAAGAUCAUUUGAAAGAAACCUUGAAAAAAACACUGGUAUUGAACAAACUGAAAUAUAAACACAAUUCUAUGGAAAGAAUUGAAUCUAAAAUUGCUGGAUGCUUCGCAUUAACUUUAUAUUUCAAAGAUUCUAAAUUGCCAUGGAGUUAUAUGAGUGGGAGAUAUGUGCAGAAUAAAUGGCAAGAAAUUAAGGAUCAAGUGGUCAAAGCUAAUCAAAAGAGUCAAGGUACUUUAAGCUCAGGUUUAGAAUGGGAAAUGAUCACAAAUGUUUCCACUAGUCAAAUGAAUUUGACUUUGAAUAACGAAAAACUUUUAAACCAUCUAUCUUCUACGCGUCACGAAUACGAAUUCAAAGAAUUCCUAUCAUUGAUAAACACAUUCAUUUUAAACGAUACAAAGGAGUCACUUCUAAGAGAAUUUUUAGAUCAAAUUUCAAGCUCUGGAUCAACAAAUAAUGAUACCAGACAACAAAUAGCUAUCAAAUUUUGUGACAACCAUGUUGCUGAAAGUAAAUUGUUGCAGUCAAUGCCAGAGGAUCAUGAAGUAAUCAACUGUUUGAUCAGACCUACUAGAAGUGCAUGCGAAAAACUAUUGAAACUGGUAAAGAUAAAUAACGAAUCGCCUUCAGAACAUUCUUUGGAAGAGCAGUUAGUUCUUUACAGUUCAGUAAUGAGAUAUUUUAUCGCCAAUGAGAAAUUCUCACAAUGCACUACAUGGUUACAAAAUAAACCAUUGCACCAUUUAAACCAGCUGGAUUCCAAAGAAUUAUCUUUUGUAAGUUUCACAGCAUUGUUUUUGAUGGUUAAUGAUAUUAUGCAGAAUUUGGAUUUUUUCAAAGGAGAACUUACCGUUUUGGAAUCACUGUAUAAGGAAUUGCGAAUCUGGUUAGGACGUGAAAGCGGUAACGCUCUUGGAUUUGAGGUUAGAUCAAGAUUGAUUGAUUAUUGUAUAGACCAAGCUUUGGUCUGUGGGUCGCUGGCGAACGAAGAUAUGAGUGAUGGAAGUACGGAUUUAGAGUUUGACGUUUCAGAAGAUGAACAAGAACAACCAGGGGAAAUAAAUCACGUGAAUGAAGAGGUAGUGUGUUAA